AUGACUCAAAAAGGGCACGAGCUGGAGCCUGUGCGGCUUGUCGCACCCGCAAAAGGCGCUGUAUUCCAGCUUCCACUGGGGACGGCUGCCAGCUUUGUCAAGCACACCAUCCCUGAAAAAGCAUACCACAAUGGUCCACACGACGAGGAUCAUGUCCUUGGUGCUUUUGGCUCGCAGGGACUGGUAUUCGAACUUGUGCCCUUGUAUUUCCAAUAUGUGCAUAACAUCGCCCACACCAUCUUCCAUGAACCAAGUUUCAUGCAUCGCCUUCACGAAGGCAAGGCAUCCAUGACCCACGUUUAUGCGAUGUGUGCACUAGCUGCUCGAUACUCCGAGAAUCGGGUAUUCAACAAUAUCGCCCCCUGUGCCCGAGGAAAAAUAUACGCAACCGAGGCGAUCCGCCGAUGCCAGGAGCACAUGGUCACGCCCAGCCUAGAAACUGUGCAAGGAUAUCUCUUAGUCGGAUUCUACUUCAGCGGCGAAGGUAAUAUCCGAGGAAAGCAUGUAUACGUCGGUCUGGCUCGUCUACAUGCCGAGCUUUUGUCUCCUGCAGAUACUGCGACGGUGGUGCUUCGAGAGGAGCGACGCCGGACAUGGUUGACCAUUUAUAUUGCCGUUCAUUGGUCUGCAUCGGAUAUGGCAGUCGAGCCUCCCUCUCCGUUCCAUGACAUGGCGCCUCUUCCAGAGAUUGAUGACGUAGAUUUCCAGACGCUUAGUGCCGAGCUGCUCAUUGAAUCGAGAGCUUCGCCCUCUUCCAGGUGUGACAUGUGGGCUCAGAUGGGGAGGACUCUCAAUAUAUACACCAGGAUCAAUGUUUUGCUGCGACGUCUCAGUCAAAAUGCAAUUUCCUUUGAGGAAUUUUGCAAGGAAGCUGCCGUGUUGGAACAUGGUCUUGACCAAUGGGCGAAAAAUUUGCCACCCUAUUUAACAUACUCGUAUGACAACCUCAUGCUCAUGGUUGACAAGCAGGUUGGGAAAACAUUUUUAUCCAUGCAUAUUGGGUAUUACCAUUUCCGUCAAAUGCUCCUUUUCCCAUUCCUGGAUACGCGACUUGCGCGGUGGACGACUCGGGACAGGGCGGCAAAGUGCAAAGAGAGUGCGACCAUCGUAUCUGAUAUUCUCCGGUAUUCUCAAACCACGCCAAAGUGCAAGAUGGAAUACUUUAUCUACGGUCAUAUUGCGGUUGUCAGCUCCAGUGUUCACCUGCACACAUUACUCUGCAGUGAUGAUCCCUCGGAUCUUAGCUCGGCCCGACAGCGUCUGGUGUUUAAUUUUAAGUUCCUCAUGGGCCUCAAAGCUUACUGGUCGGUAGUGGAACAUUAUGUGACUCAUCUACGAUCCUUCCAGAACUACUGUAGGGACUCCAUGUCAGAUGCCUUCGUACUGGAUAAUUGGAUGGCCCGGUUCCUUACCGAGCACUCUUCAGCACUCUCAGAAAGACGAGAUAAUAGCGCCCAUGCACCCUCCCCUGGUGCAGAUGAGCCCUCUUCAUAUUCCUCCAGGGUGAAUAACGGAGUGCCGUCCGGGGGUAACCCCAAUUCCCAGACGGAAAUUGCCGCUGGCUCUGCGGUCAUUGGCAUGAAGUCCACAAUGGAUCCAGCAAUGGAAUACAAUGAUCUGUCUCAACUUCUAGAUGAUCGCAGUAUGAGCGGCGAGGCGAUCGUGAACAGUGCUCUUAAUUGGCUCUUGGAUGAUGAUCUUAGAAUGGAGCGAAUGCCAUAA